AUGGCCUUGGUCACGCCCGUGUGUGUUGUGCCCACUGCUCCAGCGAUGUACCUCCAUUUGCCGCUGCUGCUGCCUCUUGGCGCUGUUAGUGGCUCUCUUGCUGUUGCCUGCUUGAGCGUUCUUGUUGCCUCUACCUACCACGGCCUACUGGCUCCGCCACCCCUCUCCUCGAGCGGCCGCGGGCGCUGCUCCCUACCUGCGUCCGGGUGUGCGCCAGCGCCACCCCGCUCUGCUGCUGCGUCUCGCGCCUUCAGCCCGGACAGAAGCUCCGGCGAGCCGCCUCUUCCUGGCGUCCUCCGCUCGCUCACGCUGCGCUGUGCAUCCCUCCGUGGCGCCCGCACCGGUGGCCACCGGCCCAGCGCCCCGCCGUCGUCCGCCCGCGCCACCACGGGUCGCCCCGCUGCUGCUCUCCACCGACUACGGCUGCAUGGUCGCACGCCUGCUGCCUCCCGGUCGCCUCGCCAACUCGCUGCGCCAGCCCAGCCACUGGUCCGCCAGCCACGCCCCAGCGCCGCAGGCGGGCCUCGUCGGCGUGCACCUCCAAGCCGCUCCGGCUCCUCCUCCAGACCCUGCGCGUCCGCCCGCCUCUCCAAGCACGGCCGCGUCCAGCCCCGCGCUGGCUCCCCGGUGCCGCCCUGCCCCUGGCCGGGUCCGGCUUCCUCCGCCAGCUGGCCUCCAGCACGCUCGUUGGCCGAGUCGCCGCCUCGCGCGCCGGCUGGCCCGCUCGCCUCCGCGCGCUGGCCCGGCCGCCUCGCGCCGCCUGGGCCCGCUCGCACCUUGCUAGCGUCGCCUUCGCCGGCCGGCUUCCGCGCUGGCUGGCUCUCCCGCCCCGGCUUCACCCACCACCCGGCCGGCCUGGCCGGCUGCCGCCUCCCCGCUUGCCCGCUGCCGGCUCCCGCCGUUCGGCUGCCCGUGGCCGGCUGA